AUGAUCUCGGAAGUGCUACGCCAUCUGGUUGACUGGAAUGGGCAGGUUGCAGUGAUGACAUUCGGGCUCUCUUCCUGGAACAUCAUCUGGAUCAUUGGCACCGAGCUUAUCCACUCGAUGGUCUUCUUUGGAGCCCACGUGAGGUCGGAGUGGUUGGUGGGGCACAUCGCCUUCGGUGUUCCUGUCGCGGAGAAUGGGGUUCGUUUGCAUCUCGUCGAUGUGCAAGCCGACCCAUUUCUCCGCGAGACGCGCAAGCUGUACGCCGCUUGGGCAGGGGAUCGUAGCGAAGGCGCCAGUCGCGGUACGUAA